AUGGGAGAGCACUGUGAUGAUGAGCAAGUUGUGGUGAAAAAACUGGUGAACAAACGGUAUCUGUUGUUCAAGAUCGACCUGUUUGUGCUGUCGUUUGUAUGUUUGCAAUAUUGGAUCAAUUACGUGGACCGUGUGGGGUUCGUGAACGCGUAUAUCUCAGGUAUGAAGGAGGACCUGCAAUUCAAGAAUAAUGAUAUUAAUGUGGCAAAUACUUGUUUCACUGUGGGCUAUAUUCUCGGCAUGAUUCCAAACAAUUUAAUUCUGUUGGUCGCACCUCCUCGGGUUUGGCUCAGCUUCUGUACUUUUGCUUGGGGCUUACUCACUCUUGGAAUGUUUAAAGUAACGUCUUUUGAACAAUGCUGUGCGAUUAGAUUCUUUCAGGCGCUUUUCGAAAGUUGUACAUUCUCGGGGACCCAUUUGAUCCUAGGAUCUUGGUAUAAGGAAAGUGAAUUGCCCAUAAGGAGUGCCAUAUUUACUAGUUCUGGGCUGAUUGGUUCCAUGUUUAGCGGAUUUAUGCAAGUGGCUAUUCAUGACAGUUUGAACGGGGUUCGAGGGCUUGAAGGUUGGAGGUGGCUUUUCAUUAUAGAUUUUUCAAUCACUAUGCCAAUCGCUCUAUAUGGGUUUUUGUUCUUCCCCGGUGUGCCAGAGCAUAGCAGCGGCAAGAGCCGGUUUUCCAUGACCAAGUAUUUCUUUAGCGAGCAAGAAUUGCAAUACGCUAGAAGAAGGCUACCAGCUAGAGACGAGAGCACCAGGCUAGAUUGGUCAGUCGUGCCUAGAGUGCUAAAGAGAUGGCAUUGGUGGUUUUUUUCUUUUGUUUGGGUCCUAGGUGGUGAAAACCUAAGUCUUGCGUCGAACUCUACGUUUGCCCUAUGGCUUAAGGAUCAGCAAUAUUCGCUGUCUCACAGAAACAAUUUCCCUUCCGGUAUUUUUGCCGUUGGUGUGGUCUCUACCAUGUUAUCAGCAGUAUACCUGUACAAGGUGGCCAGAUCCAGGCAUUGGCAUGUCGCCACAUUCAUCGCGGUAAUCAUGUGUAUCGUGGCAAUCAUGAUCCGAGCCAACCCUAUAAAACCAUCAGUGAUGUUCACAGCCCAGUAUCUCGGUGGUGUUGCAUACGCCGGUCAAGCUGUGUUCUUCGCUUGGGCCAAUAUAGUGUGUCAUGACGAUUUACAGGAAAGGGCCAUUGUAUUGGCAUCUAUGAACAUGUUCUCCGGUGCGGUCAACGCCUGGUGGUCAAUCCUCUUCUUUGCAGCCACCACGGUCCCCCAUUUUGAAAAGGGCUCCUACGCAUUGCUGGCCACCUCCAUAUCCAGCGGACUUGUGUCUGUGUGGAUCCGCAAGUUGCAAAACCGGGACAGCUCAAGGAAGCAGAAACUCUCGUACAUCGAUGCCAACGAUAUGCUCGAUGAAGACGAUGAUGAUGACGAUGAUGAUGACGAAUAUGACGACCAAAUUGCUCAAAACCAUUCAUAA